AUGAAUCGGGAGAAGUUGAUGAAGAUGGCUAACACUGUCCGCACUGGCGGAAAGGGUACAGUCAGGAGAAAGCACAAGGCUGUGCACAAGACAAAUACAACUGAUGACAAGAGACUCCAGAGCACUCUGAAGAGAAUUGGAGUCAACUCAAUUCCAGCAAUUGAAGAAGUUAACAUCUUUAAGGAUGUGCACUUGCAGCUCAUUAGUUGGGUUUAUAAAUUGGGAAAAUUUGAGGCAAUCUAA